GUCAGGAAAAGCUCCUCCAGCAACAGGAGCGGAGUCAACGGGCGGACCAGAAGCCAUCCGAGGUCAAACCACAUCCCAGCGGACAUGGCCCAGGCGAACAUCUCGGUGACGGAGAGCCAGUUCAGGUGUCCAGUCUGCCUGGACAUCCUGAAGGACCCGGUGUCCACCCCCUGCGGACACACCUACUGCAUGUCGUGCAUCAACAACUACUGGGACCAGGCGGACUCGGGCCAGUUCAGCUGCCCGCAGUGCCGGGAGACCUUCAGCCCGCGGCCGGUGCUGCGGAGGAACACGGUGCUCGCGGAGGUCGUUGACAAACUCAAGCUGAGCGAAAUGGUCGCGACUCCUCCGGAGCUCUACCUCGGGGGAGUCGGGGAGGUGCCGUGCGACUUCUGCCCGGUGGAGAGCAAGCUGAGGGCGGUCAAGUCGUGCCUGGUUUGUCUGGCGUCCUUCUGCGAGCUCCACGUCCUGCCGCACCGGGACGUCGGCACGCUGCGGCGGCACAAGCUGGUGGCCGCGGUGGAGUGUCUGGCGGAGCGGCUGUGCGCUCAGCACCGCCUGGGGCUGGAACCCGCGGGGAGCGGCUCCGAGGCGGAGGCCGCGGUGGAGUGGAGCGGGGACUGCCUGCUGUGCGAGGCGGACCAGGAGGAGGUGCACAGUGUGGACGCCCAAAGAGCCAGGAGACAG